GCUGCACCCAUGAAGAGACCUGCAGCGCGGCAGCCUAAGGCGAAAGCAAAGGCAGCUAGCGCGCCUCCAGAGGAGGAGCCAGAGGAGCCUGCAGAGGAAGCGCCCGAGGACAUGGAGGUGGAAGAAGCAGAAGAAGCGGAGGAGGAGAUCCUCAAGAAGCCAGCAGCCGCCAAAUCUGCAGCUAAGGCCGCCGCCAAGGGCAAAGCAAAAGCGAAGUCCAAGGCCAAGGUCGCCGAGGAGCCUGCAGAGCCUGAGGAAGAAGAGGAGGCAGAAGAGCCAGAAGCGGCAGAGGAAGCGGAGGAAGAGGAAGAGGCAGCUCUGAAAAGACCUGCUGCAGCACCGAAAGCUGCUGAAGAAGAUCCGAAAAAGGUUGGCAAAGCCAAGGCAAAGAGCAAAGCGAAGGCAAAAGCCAAGUCGAAGGCCGGCGAGGCCCCGUUGCCGGUGGAGGUCGAGCCCGAGGAGGUGGCUGAAGCCAUGGAAGAAGAUGGAGAAGAAGAUGAGGAGAUGGCCGACGUUCCGAUGAAAAAGCCGGCAGCCAAGGCCGCGCCAAAGGCGACGCCAAAAGCGGCCGGCAAAGCCAAGGCAAAGGCAAAGGCAAAAGCCGCAGCGAAGGCCGAAGAGAAAGAGGAAGAGGAAGAGGAAGAAGAGGAUGCCGAAGAGGCAGACGAAGACGAAGAGGAGGAGGAAGAGGACGAAGAUGAGGAGGAGGAGGAAGAGGAGGAGGAUGAAGACGAGGAGAUGCCUGAAGAAGAGCCCGUCGUCAUGAAGAAGCCCUCUGCCAAAGCCAAGGCUGCACCAAAGUCUGCACCCAAGGCUUCACCUAAGGCGGCACCGAAGAAAGCUUCCUCCAAAAAGGCUUCGGUGAAGCCUCAUGCGAAGCCGAAGGCGAGCUCGAAAGCCAAGGGCAAGGUUUUGAAAAAGCCUGCCGCCAAACGGUGA